AUGUCGAGCUCCAUCCUCGUGAACGUGAUCGACGCCAAUGGCUCGUAUAUCGCCCAAGAGGCAUACACAAACCUCGUCAUCACGCAGGGCAUGAUUCCCGUGCCGAGCACACUGGACGUAUUGCGCUUUAAGAGUGCGGGCAGCAACUUCUUGUGCAACGCUCUUCCAUCGGCCUACAACGUCUCGACCGGGCUCUCGUCUUUUGUGGGCAUUGACGUGCCGUGCAACACGGCUGUAGUCGAGUGGGUGGCCGCGACAAAGGAGCAGCUGCUCUUUGCGCUCAUCACGUCCGGCGUUGCGUCGCAAGCAGCCUCGUUGGUGCCACUCACCUGCAGCAUCGAAGGAGGGUCUGUGGCGCAGUGCCUUGCCUCCUUGACGAGCGUUGCUGCGUACAUUCAGCAAUACGUUUCGACAGCAUGGAUCGCGUCCAUCGAGCACACCGCUGUCCGCGUCCAAGACGACAUAACUGCACUCGAUGUUCAAUUUAUCACGUAUCUGCAAGACGUAACUACGCUGGCACUGAGCCUCUUUCAGCAGCCGAUUCUGGAUGCUGCAGAUGCACCGAUGCGCCUGGCAGGCUGGACGUACGCGUACGACUGGGCGACGGGCACACGCGAGGUCAUUGCCUUUGACGGCGACGUGCAGCGCAUGACCGUCCUUUCGACGUCGUAUUCGACCACGAGCUUUGUCGCGAACGCGGCCGAAGUCCCCGUAAACGUCGCUGCGUAUCUCCGCGUCUUUUGCCAGUACAUUUCGUUCAUGCUCUUACUCGUUGGCGCACUCGUGAUUCUCUACACGGUGCUCAACCAAUUUACGAGCGAGGGCUGGAAUCUACUAGAGCUGAACCGCGUCGGUGGCCUGGUCUGGAUCGGGCGACCGCUCUUGUUUUUGCGCAGUAUCAGCGCCCUGUGCAUACUUAGCACGGCGACGCUGCAGCUACAAGUGUUCGGCGGCGCCACCCGACUCAUCUCCAAGCGAAACGACGUCUCGGCUGUUGUAGCGACCAUCUCGGACGUCCUCGCGGCCGGCGAACUCGGCUGGCUUAUCUACAUCUUUGAUGACAUUUGCAUGGUCGUCACACAGCAGUACUCGGCGUCGUAUGUAACCAAGUCGGCCGUCUCUGGCUGGAUCGCCGCUGCCGCUCUGCGUCUUGUUUCGCCCGUGACCCAUUCAGCCUCCGUGCAUUGGACAUGCAACGUUGCUGCUGUCGACUACCAAGUGGUGUGCGAUGGCGGCGCGGUUGUCAUUGGGCGUCUCUCACGCCUGCUGCUUUUGAUCGCGAUCGCGCUCGGCGGCUCCAUGGGCAUGUACCUCCAUGAUCGGCUGCGGUAUUCGAUUCCACCGCCGCUCGAGCAGCCGUCGUGCUUGGUCUCAUGUGGCGCCAAGUACCUCUUUGAGAAGCACGGGUGGGUCGUGGACGGCAUCGUCUACAUCGACUUUGCCUCGGCUCUGCUCACGGGCCUCUUGGUGUGGCCGCGCAACGAUACGCUCUACGUCUUUGACAUAAAAACGUGGCGCACGCUCGUCGUUCGUCGGGAUGCAUCGGUGAUUCAAGGCCACCCCCGGCACAACCGGUUGGCGUCGGCGCUGCCUCUCACCGAGUAG